UCUCUCAAGACUCCCUCCUGCCAGAUCAGGGUCACAGCAACUGAAAACAAUGCUGGACUCACUGAGCGGACAGGGACAGGGGUCUGAGAGGCUCAGAAGCUGCCGGGCCCUGCGCUCCCUGAACUGGGCCACAGUGGGGCCUUUCAUCUCCCGCCUUUGCCUCUUCCCACUACCCCAGUGCAGCAAUUACGGCGCAAAUUAGGAUACUUUGAUCAUCUUUAGAAAUGGCCACAUGGAGGAGGGACACUGCCAAGCAAUUAGGGGCAGGGGGCUGGCAGUUCGGUGGCUUGCUUAGGGGGUGAGAAUGCCCAGGACACCCACCCCUAUCCCUUGCUCUCAUCCUUCCAAGAGUGCCUGCCCCCAGCAUAGCAGUGAACUCCCCAGGGGGGCAGAAGCAGAUGGGGAUACCCCCUCCCAACCCCUGCCCACCAGUCUCCCUCUGCCUGGCCCCCAGCCCAACCGUCAGCUUUUCUUCCCCAACUCAGCCCCUUUGAAGCAGCCGCAGUAACAAGGGCUGCUUUGAGAGCAGUGGGGGCGCUGAGAGCUGGGAUGAUGAGACUUCAAAGGUGAGGGUCGAGCCCACUACCUCAUUCCCUUGCCCAGUCCUGGCUGCCCUCCCACGCACCCCCCCUCCCCGCUUCUGUCCUCUAUAUAGCCCCCAGCACCAUUUCCCUGAGGGCUCCCCGGAUGUGAGGGCCAGGUGAGGUGCAGACCACUGGAAAAGGGUAAUUUAGUGUAAGACAACAAACAGGAUCAGACGGUUUGUGGGACACAAAUCCUGAGCCCAGGAAGAAUCACAGGAGAGGGUGGACUCCAGGAAGAGGACAGGGACUCCUGCCUUGGCCCCAGGUCACCAUGCUGCUGACUAUGUUGCUGCUGCUGCUGCUACUGUCCCCAGACUCCCAGACCGCCCAUGGGCAUCCACUGUACAUGCGCCUGUCCCCCAGUACCCUGCAAGUCUUGUCUGCCCAGGGGACUCAGGCAUUGCAGGCUGCCCAGAGGCGCGCCCAGUGGGCCAUAAAGCGUGUGUUGAUGGAGAUCCAGCACAGACUGCAUGAAUGCCAAGGACCUGGCCGCCACAGACCUCAAGCUACCCCUCUCCAGGACCCACCCGAACUAGGACCAUGUGGCGAAAGGCAUCAGGGCGUUGCCAACGUGACCCGGGCUCACAGCCGUAUAGUCGGGGGCAAUACAGCUCCAUCCGGGGCCUGGCCUUGGUUAGUGAGGCUACAACUUGGAGGGCAGCCUCUGUGCGGCGGCGUCCUAGUGGCCACGUCCUGGGUGCUCACGGCUGCACACUGCUUCUCCGGGGCCUCGAAUGAGCUUCUUUGGACUGUGACGCUAGCCGAGGGACCCCAGGGGGAGCAAGCGGAGGAAGUGCAGGUUAACCGCAUCUUACCCCACCCUAAGUUUGACCCGCAGACCUUUCACAAUGACCUGGCUUUGGUACAGCUGUGGACGCCGGUGAGCCCAGGGGGGCCGGCGCGCCCCAUAUGCCUACCCCAGGGCUCUAGGGAGCCUCCUGCAGGGACCCCCUGCGCCAUCGCAGGCUGGGGGGCCCUCUUCGAAGAUGGACCCGAGUCUGAGGCGGUGAGGGAGGCCCGCGUUCCGCUGCUCAGCGCAGACACCUGUCAAAAGGCCCUGGGCCCUGGGUUGCGUCCCAGCACCAUGCUCUGCGCUGGUUACCUGGCGGGGGGAAUCGACUCAUGCCAGGGUGACUCCGGAGGUCCUUUAACCUGUUCCGAGCCCGGCCCUCGCCCCAGAGAGGUCCUCUUUGGAGUCACCUCUUGGGGGGAUGGCUGUGGGGAGCCAGGGAAGCCUGGUGUCUACACCCGUGUGGCCGUAUUCAAAGACUGGCUGCAGGAGCAGAAGAGAGCGGCCCCCUCCACUCGCGAGCCCAGCUGCAGAGAACUUCUAACUUGGGAGCCCCCGGAGGAGGAGCGGGUCCCGGAUGCCGCGGGGCUCUGCGCCUUCUACGCGCGCCUGUGCCCGGGGUCCGAGCUCUCCUGUGCGCACCUGGCGCUCCAGCAGUGUUUGCAGCGCCGGCGGCGGUGCGUAACCACGAAGUCUUUCCCAGGAUCAAGAGUUGCAGGAACCUGGUUCCAGAAGCCAAAGCCAGAGCGGCGCGCGGAAACAAAGGGCUGCCCAGGGUUGGAGCCUCUACAACAGAAGUUGGCUGCCAUUCAGCGAGCACAUGCCUGGAUCCUACAGAUCCCGGCUGAGCACUUGGCUAUGAACUUUCACGAGGUGCUGGCAGACCUGGGCUCCAAGGCACUGACAGGACUUUUCAGAGCUUGGGUGAGGGCCAGCUUGGGGGACCAGCGUGUGGUCUUCAGUGGCCUGGUGGGCUUGGAGCCUUCUACGCUGGCUCGUAGUACCCCGCGGCUGCUAGUGCAGGCCCUGAAGGCCUUCCGCUCAGUUUUCCAGACAGAAGAGUCCCAGGAACCCUGGAUGCGUGUGGGACAGGGACAGAGGCUGGGAAAGGAACACCAUCGCCAACUCCAGCAUCUUGUUCCCUGAGUCAAGAAGCUCUGUAAAGGUCACACUGUACCGAGGGGCUAAGGAGGUUGUAUGAGACAUGACAAACGCUCACUAUCCCAGUUGAUCUUGUAUGUGUGAAUAGAGUGGGGGUCCUGUACCUCACAUGUCUUCCCAAAUGUGUCACUAGACACAGCUGCUUUAAUAAAUGUUAUUUAUAAUCUA